AUGAAAAUUAAGUUGAAAUAUUAUAAUAAUCGGGGAGAAAAAUAAUUUUGCAUGAUUAAAGUACCUUCAAAAGGUACAGUUGAUGAUUUAUAAUCUGAAAUAUAGAAUGUUACAUCAAUAGAGGUAUGCAAUCAAAAAUUAUAUUUAUUAAAAAAUUCUCAAAUUAUAGAAAUUGAAAAGCAUUAAUAUUUAAGUUCAAUAUAAUUCAAUCAAGAAUCUAUAGUAUAUGUCAAAAAUAUAGAUGAUUAAUUUAGUUUUUAAUCUACUUUUAAUUCUGAAAUAUAAUUAUUUGCGCCCAAUAAUACAAAUAGUCUGGCUGAGGAUUUGUAAAACAAAAUACAUGACUCCUUUAGUAACUCCUUAAAAAAUAAUCAAUUUAAAUCCAAUACCAAAAUAGAUCUGUAGGAUGAUAUAGAAAAAUUUUAUGAAUAUAUUUAGACAAAUAAUUUUUAGUAAGCAAAAAAUUUUUUAGAUAAUUAUUAAAAGAAUAAGAAUUUACUCUUAAAUGACUAAUCAAUAUUUGGAUGGUCAUCUCUAAAUGUUUCAAUAAUAACUGGAUAUGAAAAGACUUUUUUAUGGUUAUUAAAUGAAGGUGCUGAUAUUAAUUUAGAGACUAAUGAUGGAUGGAACUGCCUGUCAUUGGCUGUUUGUUUAAAAUUAAAAUAAUGUAUAUCAAAAUUUAUUAUCAGUAGUUGUAUUAUUUUUAAUUGGAUAAUCUGAUAUUAAGAUUAAUAAAAUAAGCAAACAUGGAAGUGCAUUACAUUUAGCUGCACAUUUAGAUGAUGUUGAAAUAACAAUAUCUCUUUUAUAACAUCCAUAGAUUGAUGUAAAGUAUUUAAUCAUUAAUAAAUUCAGUAUUCUAGAUUAGUUCAAUAGAAGUCCAAUUUAAGUAGCAGGUAUAUAAGUUAGAUAAAUAUUAUAAUAUGAAAAUGAAUUAAGGUUAAAUAAAGUUAAUAGAAAUUCAUUUAUAAAGUCAAUGAAUGGAAUCACUUUAGAAGAUUUAUAGAAAGAUGUAUGGUGAUAUUGUAUAAAAGAGACUUUUAUUUUAAAUAAACCAAGUAGGCCUCCAAUUCUUACAGGGAAAGUAUUGAAGGUUAAUUAUUUCAAAUUGAUUAUGUAUCAAAGAUUUAUGAUUGCUGAUCCUGAUUCUGGAACAUUAGUAAGAUUCAAAAAAGAGGAAGACAUUCCAAAUAAUCCAAAGUAAUCAAGCUUUAAUUUUAAGUGAAGUAAUUGCAUUAGAUUAAAUAAAUGAGAUCAAAGUAUCAAGAAAUGAGUGGUUUUAGGAAGAAUACUAUCACUACUUGGAAAUCAAAUAUUCAACUAAUCAUAUAUUUAUAGCAUUUAGAGAAAAAUAGGCAGCAAGAAGAUGGUAUGAAGGUUUAAAGAAUUGUGUAGGAUAUGCUAGAUAUAUUAAUUAAAAUUUUUAAUUAAGAAAUUCAAAUUAUGAAAUAAAAUAUGCUAUGCGAGCUUAUAAUUUAAUGUUAUAAAAGCCUAAUUAAAUUAUUAAUAUUAAAGAUUCAGCAGUAAUCGAAUAAAAAUAAUACAUAUAAUAGAAAUAAAGAGUAGAAAAAGAAAAAUUUAAAUAAUCAUUAGACAGUGUCAUUGAAGCAGAAUUUGAGAUUGAUCUUAUUGAAGAAAAAGGAAAAUUCAAAUAAUAAUAUAAUAUAAAUUUAUCAAAUUUUGAAAGUUUUGAAUUAAUUGGAAAAGGCAGUUUUGGAAAAGUUUACAAGACUAAAUACAAAAAUCUUAAUUGUGCUUUAAAAUAAUAAGAAAAGAAUAUGCUUAUCAAACAUGAUUAUUUAAACUAUACUGUUUUAGAACUUUAAAUUCUUAAAACUAUUAAGCAUCCUUUCAUUGUUAAUUUAUAUUUUGCAUUCUAAGUUUAUAUUACUAAUAAUUAUAGACUUAAAAAUACUUAUAUUUAGUUACUGAACUUUGUUCUGAAGGUGAUUUAACAAGAUAUAUGACUAGAGGAAAAGUAUUGGAUGAAUAUACUGCAAAGUUUAUUGUUGCUUAAAUAAUUUUAGCUAUUGAACAUCUUCACUAGAAGUCUAUACUUUAUAGGGACCUUAAACCAGAAAAUAUUUUAAUAAAUUCAGAUGGAUAUAUUAAACUUACAGACUUUGGAUUAUGCAAACAAUUAAAUGCAGAUUUAGAAAUAAUAACAAAAAGUUUCUGUGGAUCUCCAGCUUAUCUUCCACCUGAAUUGAUUGAAGGUAUUGGAUCAUCUAAAGCAACUGAUAUUUACUAAAUAGGAAUUAUUUUAUUUGAAAUGCUUAUAGGUUAUCCUCCAUAUUUCAGUACAAAUAUUAAAACUUUAAUUGAAAAUAUCAAAUAUUGUAAAUAAAAUAAUUUUUAAAUUAUAGAAUAAUUAUAAAUUCCCAAAGACGUUAGUGCUAUUGCAACAGAUCUUUUAAAAUUAUUGCUUAUAAAGUCUCCAUAAAAAAGAAUGACCUAAAUUGAUUUACAUAAAAUUAAGAAACAUUUAUUUUUUGCUGAAAUAGAUUGGAUUAGAUUAUAAGCUAAGUAAUAUAAGCCUCCAAGAUUAAGCAUUAGAAAAAAUAUUAAUAACAUAAAUGAUUAAUUUCAAAUUUGGGAAAAUAAAAAUGUAGUUUAAGAUUUAGUAUUUUUAGGACUUUGGUGACAUAGAUUAUAAGGUAGAUUAAGAAAAAGUUAAUUUUAUUGAGAAUUGGAAUAUUUAAUUGAUUUGA